AUGUAUUCUCCAGAUUCUUCUAUUGAUGACAGAUACUUUUAUAACCCUAUGAACUCACUCUCAGAAUCAGAAUAAGAUAUGACAUUUUAAAACAAGUCCUCCUUAAUUAGUGAAUAACCUGCUGUUGUAGCAAAAAAAACAGGCACUAUCAUUGAAAAUUCAGUACAAUCACUCGAAAAAAAAACAAUCAACUUUAAAAUGGACAAUAUUGAUAACUUCAAGGAAGUAAAGUUGCCUGAUCAAUCUUUCAAUAAAUAAACGCCAUAGCCUACUCAAAAUGUCUAGAAAGCUCAACCUCAAGUAAAUUAAAAUGUCAAAGUUCAAAAAACAAUUGACCAGAAACCUACAGCUGUUGGAAAUUCUAUUGCGGAAUAAACAAAUACAAGUGCCAGGAAAAAACCAAGAAUUUUUGAUCCUCUUAAUACAGAUGAAAAAUUGGAGUAGACAUGUAACUAAAUGAUUCAUAUUAUUUACAGCAUUCUUAAAAGAACUUAAUAGAAUGGCUGGAGAAGAAGCUUAAAAGAAACACGUAGAGGUCAAACAAAUGUAAUUUAAAUAUUAUUAAUCUAUAUAGCUAAAAUGCUGAGGAUCUAAUAAUUCAAAAGCAAUUAUUUCUAUUCACUAAUUAUAAUGAGAAGAAUGUACAAUAAUACAUUGACAAAGCAAAAGAUUAAGUUGAAAGGUUGCAAAGCUAAUAGGAACUUUUACUGUAAUUCAAAGAGUACAAUGAUAAAUUAAACGAAAUUGGACCUCAGUGCUUGGAUAAGGAUAUGACUCUAUUAGAUGUAAAUGAUUAGCAUUAACAGUAGUAAACAUCUGCAGAAAAAAGGAAGCAGAAAUCCAGGGAAGAAUUUAAAUUACUAUAUACUCAAAUAGCCAAAAUGGAGAUGGCAAGUAGAACCGAUUAUGACCAGGAUUGUACUGAGAUGAUCUCAAAUAUGUUGAAGGAUAUAGAAAUCAAACUAAAAUUAGAAUUUGCAAUCGAAAAUCUAUAAAGGCUCAAGCCUUAACUUUAGUUGCUUAAAAACAAUAGAAAUUUUUAAACCGAGUUCCAAGCUUAUUUGGAUUUAAUAAAAUAGUCUUAGAAAUAUGAAUCAGAAAAAUUGAAGCCUUAGUUAGAAUUAAUGAAAUCGAGUCUUAAGAUAAGAGCAUAAAAGAUUUUUUAAUAGAUAAAUUGA